AUGCGUGAAUUGGCGUUAACAACAUCGGAGAAACAGAAUUUCUGCACACAUUUGAGUGCUACAGAUUCGAGUCUAGAUGGUAGAGUUCGUCACUUAUCAAUAUAUAAUAGUGACAGAAAUAUUCAGCUAAGCAAGAGUAUAUCAAACUAUCUUCGCUCAUUCUUUUUCUUCGAAACUGAAAUGUUCCCAUUUUCUUCUUUGCAUCAUAAUCUAUCACACUUCAAAUUGCUAAAAGUCUUAGACCUGCAAGGUGUGUCUGUUGAAACCUUGCCUGGUGGAUUGUUUAGCAUAGUCGAUUUACGGUAUUUGAACUUGAGAGACACCAAGUUAAGGGAGAUACCUAAAUCGAUAGGAAGUUUACGAAACCUUCAAACCUUGGAUAUCAGGAAUACCAACGUUCAAAGGAUACCAGAUGAACUAACCAAGCUACCAAGUUUGCGUCAUCUAUACAUGUACCUUUACAAAAAUGAUUGCGCCAAAGAUUUCAAUUUUCUUUGUACGAUGAAGCCUCCUUUAGGAAUAUGGAAUUUACAUAGCUUACAAACUCUAGCAUGCCUUGAAGCAGAUGAACACCUAAUUAAACAAGUUGGCAAUUUAUGCGAACUUAGGAGGUUUCAAGUUACAAAGUUGAGAGCAUGUGACGGGCCAAAAUUAUGUGCCUCUAUUGAGAAGAUGAAUUGCCUUCGCUACUUGGGUGUAACGGCAAUUAACGAGGAAGAAUUACUCCAGUUAGAAGUUUUAUCUCCUCCGACUCCUCUUCAGAAGCUCAUUUUGGUUGGUCAUUUGCAGAGGUUACCUCCCUGGCUCAGCUCACUCAUGAACUUAACACACCUGUAUUUAGGUUGGUCACCACUCGGCCGAGAUGAUGAUAUACUUUCGUUUCUCCAAGUUCUGUCUAAUCUUGUCCUUCUUGAACUCAAGAAGGCAUAUGAAGGAGAGCUACUACAAUUUCAUGCAGGGUUCUUUCCUAAACUCAACAAACUGAACUUAUGUAAACUGACACGACUGAAUAAUGUAAUCAUCAAUGAGGGAGCAUUGCCAUGUAAUAGGUUUUUGCAUCUCAUUCGAUGUGAAGAAUUGAAAGUUUUGCCCGUGGGGAUUGAACAUCUUGCAACACUUGAGAAGUUACAUUUACAAGAAAUGUCAGUGGAAUUUGUUCAAGAGCUGCAGAGUGACAUAAGUGAAGAUCGCAGAAAUAUCCGUCGCAUAUCUACUGUCAAGCAUGUUUUUUUAACAGAACAUAAUUGCGUCGUCGAGACGCUUUUGUACUAA